UUGAGACGGAAGUAGGAAGUUUGUGUUUCGGGACCAAGAAUCUUUUUCUUGCUGUGUUAAUCAUAGAUUUACAGUUUAGUCAAUCAGUUUUCUCUUGUAUUCUUUACCAUCUCUCUUCGAACAUUUUCUUCUCCCACCGAAGAAUUUUUUUGGAACAAAUGGAUUAUCACUUUCCUUGUUUUGGAACUCCAUUCAUGAAUUUCUUUUAAAAGAGGUACGGUUAUAGUUUUCUGAACUUUACUCCUAUGAUAUCGUAUUCUUAUUAUUUCACUUCUCUCCUUCCUCUUUUACACAAGGACUGAUAAUUUAAAGUAGUUCAGGGGGCUGACUUAUCUUAUUGAUUUAUAGAAUAGAAUUCCGGAUGCUUCCAAAAAUCAUAGUCUCUUCCCAAUUCAAACUAGUUAUUAUAUCAAACAUAUUAGUGCCAUGUUACGUUUUUGGUAGUGAGAUUCUGGUUCUUUUCAUUGAUUUUUUUGUAGAUCUAAGUUGAAUAUAUUUUUGGGUGCUUGGGUUCAAAGGGAUAUAAGAUAGAGUAUUGUUCAAGAGUGCUAUUGCAGUGUUUAAGGUACUGUUUUUAAUGUUGAUUUGAUCGAAUUAUGUACUAGGAUCACCUUGGAUAUUCUGACUGAGUUAUCUAAGUAUCACAUGCUAUUGAUAAUUCCAUUAUCAUUAGGAUUUAGGAAUACCAUGCUGCAAAUUGUAAUAAGCAAAAGAUUCAAUGUGAUUAUUAAGGAAAACUUUUUGAUGAGGAUUUGCCGUUGAAACUUGAAAGUCAUUUGAACCAAAAACCUUAAAGCACAUUGGCACACAUAUGAGGUGUGAAUUUGAAUUUAGAUCAAGCUAGUAAUGAACCCACCAUAGCUACGAAUCUUUUUUUCUUGCUGUGUAUGGUGCCUAUUCAAUCUCAUUUGAACUAAUUUCGAUUUGGUUGUCAUUUUCCUUUAUAUUGGAAAGUUAAGACUUCUGUUAUAUUGCAUUGGUUUAACCUUUAAAUAGCCCAUUAAUUGUGUUGGCAAAAUUAAGCUUCCGCUUGAUUAAUACUAAAUUCCAGUUAGUGUUUACCUUCAUAAUUCGGGGCGGUUACAUUCACUAUAAUACAAAUAAAACUAUCAACUAUGAAGCCUCAUGCAGUAUGCAUAACUCUCCAUGAUGUAGUUAGCCUUAUGUUUCAAUCAAAAUACAUGUUUCUGACUGUUUGCAAGUGAAACUUCGCCUGAGAUUUUGUGGGUUCGACCAAACCUACAGUGAGUCUGGACCGAGACUAGAGCCGGUGCACUUUAAUAUCAGAUUUUUGAGCCCUUUUCAUUCAACUUUCAUAAUUUCGUAAGUAUAUACAAGCAGAAUAGACACUGUUUAUUUACAUCUCUUCCCUUCUGUCACUGGUUUUCAGUGUAGUUUUUCUCAUGUUUUUCAUCAGUUAGGAAAUGUUUUAUUUGGUAGUGAACAUUAUCUUUGUAGAACCGUCUUUAAUGGAAAACGCAAAUGGUAAUUAAUUAUCGUUUGUUUGGUACAUCGGAAAACUCUUACAGGAAAGGAAGUUGGAGAUAAGACCAAAUUGGGUUUCUUCCCAAUUUUGACUUAAUCAUUUAAAAGACUUUUUCUUCCAAAGCAAUUGCUUAAAUUUGCAACAUUUUUUAUUUUAGUCUCUUUUACUUAAUUUAUCUCAUUUCUAUUUUUGGAUAAUAGCCCACCAUUUUCUUUUAAUCUCAUUCCUAAAUUUUAACUUUAUUUUAAUUUUAUCCACAAAAUUCAUUCUCCCUCUUUAUUUAUUACCCCUUUCUUAAAAAUAAAUGAAUAAGGACCGAAUAGUAUUGAAAACCAUCUUAUCCAUCAACUUCGUCAAUCUCCAUCUAAGAACUGGGAAAUAUAUAUUGACAUCUGAAUAAGAGUUGACAUUUUAUCAUUUGAUGUGAUUCAAAACUAAGCACUUUCAUUGGCUAGAAUGGAAAUUCAUUAAAAGAGUAUUUUAUUAAGGUCUUCUCAUUUUUAUAUUCACAAAUAUUUGAUUAAUAAAGUUCUUGUUAUUAUAAAUAUUAAAAAAACUGAAGAAUAGAAUAUUAUCUCAAUUGGACUAUAACACUUCCCCAUAAGAAUAGUGCAAGAUAGUGUAUUGAAUGAUAGAACAAUUAUCAAGUCUUCAUCAAAGCUAGCAAGAAAUCACUUCCCCCAUAAGCUUAUUUAGGACUCUCUUAAUCACAGCUCUAAUUCAUUUCAAGUAUUAUCUUAUAUUCCUAAGCUACAUAUAUGGCCCCCCAUGUCUCCAAAAGACAAAUUAUAUUACAUUCUAAUUUUAAAUAUUGGCAUUAUUAAUUGUUCCCCUAGAAAUUUUCUAUAUAAAUCUCAAUAUCAUCAUAUAAGUAUCUUACAAUACUUUUUCAUGCAAAAAUAUCCUAAUGGAACCCCAAGCUUCCCAACAAAUUUCACAAAACCUAAAUCAAGAAUUCCUUAGAAACCCCCCACCAGAAUCAAAACAUCAAAAAUUUCCCUACAAUAUCUGGGGUACCUUAAUAGGUAACCUUAGUUUUAGGUCAAAAUGGGCAGAAUUGAAUGGUGCAAUGGGAGAUUUGGGCACUUUUAUCCCAAUAGUCCUAGCAUUAACAUUAGCAAAAAAUCUUGACUUGGGUACUACUUUGAUCUUCACUGGUGUAUACAACAUAGUCACUGGUGCAAUCUAUGGUGUACCGAUGCCGGUUCAACCCAUGAAAUCUAUUGCAGCAGUCGCUAUUGCUAAUCCAGAUUUUGGUAUUCCGGAGAUAAUGGCAGCUGGAAUUUGUACUGCAGGGAUAUUAUUUGUUUUGGGUGUUACCCAAUUAAUGCAACUUGUUUAUGUGUUGAUUCCUUUAUCUAUUGUUAGAGGAAUUCAGUUGUCACAAGGGUUAGCAUUUGCAAUGGCUGCUGUUAAGUAUGUAAGAAAAGAACAGGAUUUUGCUAAGUCAAAAAGCAUGGGAAAUAGGCCUUGGUUGGGUUUAGAUGGUUUCUUAUUAGCUAUAAUUUGUGGGUGUUUCAUAAUUCUUGUGAAUGGCGCUGGCUCAGAAGACGUAGAAAAUGGUGGGUGUGAUAUAGAGUCAAAUGGCGAUUCUGAGGUACAGAGUGUGAGGAGUAGAAGUGAGGGUUUUAGGAGGGUUUUAUACUCUCUUCCUACUGCUUUCAUGAUCUUCUUGUUAGGACUUAUUUUAGCAAUUAUUAGAGGACCUAAAGAAGUGAUAAAGGGAUUUAAAUUUGGACCUUCCCCAAUUCAUGUUAUAAACAUCCCUAAAGAGUCAUGGAAACAAGGAUUCAUUAAGGGCACAAUCCCACAAUUGCCUUUAUCAAUACUGAAUUCUGUCAUAGCUGUUUGUAAAUUGGCAACCGAUCUUUUUCCGGGCAAGGAGUUCUCUGCGACAUCGUUAUCAAUGACAGUUGGGAUGAUGAAUUUAGUCGGAUGUUGGUUUGGUGCAAUGCCGACUUGCCAUGGUGCUGGUGGUUUGGCAGGACAAUACAAGUUUGGUGGAAGAAGUGGAGGGUGUGUUGCACUUUUGGGCAUGAGCAAAUUGGUAAUUGGGAUUGUAUUAGGAAGUUCAAUUGUGAAAAUACUUGAUUUGUUUCCUGUUGGUGUAUUGGGUGUAUUACUGUUGUUUGCUGGAUUAGAGCUGGCUAUUGCUUGUAGAGAUAUGAACACAAAAUCUCAAACAUUUGUGAUGCUUUUGGUCACAGCUGUUUCUUUGGUUGCAUCAGGUGGUGCUUCACUUGGGUUCUUGUGUGGGAUUGUUGCUCAUUUUCUUCUUAAGUUGAGAAUUUUGGACAAGCUACAAUCUUUCCCUGCAUUAUGGAUGGAAAGAUAGAUAUUGGUUGAUUUAAUAGGAGUAACAAUUAUUGAUAUAAUCCCCAUCUGUACCUAUCAAUGUCUCUAUGUACCUCUCAAUGUCCCUCUAAAUUUGUACUCAUUUAAUAAUAAUUAUUAAUAUUAAUAUAAUAUUUUUAUUGUCACUAACAAGAGUAAGGUUGUUACAUUAACAAAUUAUCAAGUCAUUAGAUGGUAUUUUUCUGGUUGAAACUGAUCGACAUCUGAGGCCGGGAGGGUAUUUUAUCUGGACUUCUUUUGUCCCCAGUAUACAUAGAUCACCUGAGACCGAUAAAAGCCAAAAGAAAUGGCAAUUCGUCCAGCAGUUUGCUAUAAGUUUGUGCUGGAAUUUGCUUUCACAACAAAAAAAUACAAUUAUAUGGAGAAAAACCACACACGAUUAAUUGCUUGUCCUAAACCUCUUUCUUCUAUAUGUCACUCCUGUAUAUUGGGUAAACAAAUUAAAUAUUAUGUUCUCUUUUGAUAUUAUUCACAGUGAUUUAUGGACAUCCCAUAUUCCUUAUCCUUUAGGUUAUAAGUAUUAUGUUUUCUUUUUUGAUAAUUAUUGAAACAAAGACAUUUAAACAAAAUAAAAGUCUCAUCCGUUGUUUGUCAUGGUAGAAAUUUGAAAAAAAGAAAAAAUAAAAAUCUCAACUCAAAUACCUACAC